AUGACCACGCAAGAUAUCCUCGGUCUGUCCAGUCAAGAUCCUGGUCGCGUCAUUUCAUUCCCUGCAUCGCAGUAUCUACACGCGUCUACCGCGUCCGCAGUCCCUAGUGCAAUUUCAACAGGACUCCCGCUGCUUGACCAGGCAAUCAGCCCGGCUCCGUCAGAUGAGCCUUCACAGUCGUCGAAUGAUGCGACGCUGGGGGGAAUUCCUUGUGGUCAUGUCACCGAGGUGUUCGGGCCACCUGGUGCAGGCAAAACGGCGCUGGCAAUGAGCAUAACUGCAAACGCUCUAUGUGACGGUGGUAAAGUGGUUUGGAUUGAUACUACCUCGCCACUUCCAAAGCUCCGUCUAAAGAGCAUGCUCACGCAGAGCCUCGACACAGCUAAAUCGUCUGAUACACCACAACAACUCAUGGACAACCUAGUCUACUUCCGCGCUCAGUCCCUGCCACAUAUGCUAGCGCUUCUGCUCCACCCACCACAAGGAUUCCCGCCCGAAAACACCAAGCUUCUGGUGGUCGACUCUGCGUCAGGGCCGUUCCCUUCGUACUUUCUGAGUCCGUCCGAGUUGAAAUCCCGCUUGACGCAGGCGAAGAUCACGGACAAGUCGCAGAUCCAUUGGCUCAUGAACCGAAAAUGGAACGUCACGAGCGAACUGGCAAAUCAGCUCAUGAAGCUGGCGGCUUCAAGACGACUGGCCGUGCUUCUCAUCAACCAAACCCACACAAAGAUCAAAGGGCUGCCACGUGCUACCCUGAGCCCGCUCCUUGCGGGUGGCGGGUGGGAGAAUAGCGUGUACACCCGCAUCGUCCUGUAUCGCGAUCUCCCGGCCGUUGGAGAUGAAGAGUUAGAAAUGGCUUCAAGGAGCGUCCGCUACGCAGAAGUCUUGAAGAGAGAUGGCAAAGCAUUGACAGUGAGAUCAGAUGAGAAUAUCGUACCGUUCACGAUCGACUCGGACUCUCUACGUGGGACGGACACGACUCAGCCGUCCCGCGCUGUUCCACAGCAGCCGGUUGAGGAGACUUUCCGUGCGAGUGGGCGGAAGCGGAAAGUGGACGAGAUUGCGGACAGUCAGGAUGAGGACGAUUCCGACGAUGAUUUUGGAUGGAUCGAUGGCGACGAUGCUGGCUUGGUCGAAGGGCCUGCCGAUGACUGA